GGACUACGCAUGCGUGUUCCACACCUAACCGGAAAAGGUGCACUUAAAGUGGAGAGUGAUGCCUCCCUCCUGUGAACAUAUACGAUCUUCGGCAACAUCUUGACAGCUAACAAGGAACUCCUCAUCGCUUCGAACAAGAUACAGAACUGGCUGACUUGGUGAGUAAGGGGGAGAGAGUCAACUCUGGUCUCCCCAGACCUUCCUGAGAGAAGAGUCAACCAUGGAUGACAGCCACUCUCUGAGCAAAGUCAGCAGUUCCACAGAAUCCGUGGCCACCGUCACCAGCGAGGAGUUUGUUCUGGUACAACCCACUGCUACAGGGUCACCACAAGGCUCUGAGGGCAAACCAAGGCUUAAGAUGUCUUGGAACGGUAGUGAGCAGCUGGAGAAAGCCAUGGAGGAGGUGUUGGAUGAUGAUGACGAUGAAGUCAAGGUGGAGAAGAGCAGCGUGGAAAAGAUGGAGAAACACAGCAACAUGGAAAUCCAAGACCUAGAGCACCAAACAACAGAGGAACCGCCAUCCUGUCCAGCACCAACAAGCCCCACAAACCAAGAGGAGGACAGCGUGCAGUUCAACAAGCUGUCCUACCUGGGCUGCACCUGGGUCAAAGCUCCUCGUAAUGAAGCCGAAGCACAGAAAGCAAUGGCCACUUUACUGGCUGAGAGUGCCAUACCGAUCCCCAUCACCCUCCACGUCCCCUGUGGACCAGAUGGCUCUGUGAGGGUUCUGGACCAGGCCUCGGGUACAGAGAUCGCCUCCUUCCCCAUUUACAAGGUCUUGUUUUGUGCUCGUGGACGCGAUGGUUCUUUGGAAAGUAACUGCUUCUGCUUCACUGAGAGUUACCGGAGCUCUGAAGACUUCCAAAUACAUGUCUUCUCCUGUCAAAUCAAAGAGGCGGUCAGUCGAAUCUUGUACAGUUUUUCUACAGCCUUUCGCCGAUCUUCACGGCCGGCCGACAUCCGAGACGCGCCGUUGUUGAGUCCACCUGACAGCGACCUCUUUAUAUUCACCGUCUCGCUGGAGAUUAAGGAGGAUGACGGCAAGGGCAACUUCAGUGCAGUCCCCAAGGACAGAGACAAAUUGUACUUCAAGCUCCGGCAGAGUGUUCAGAAGAAAGUUGUGAUUACAGUCCAGCAAAUUGGCAACAAAGAACUCGGCAUUGAGAGGUGUUUUGGAAUGCUCCUGAGUCCAGGACAGAAAGUCUGCAAUAGCGACAUGCAUUUGCUAGAUAUGGAAUCGAUGGGGAAGGGCCCGGAUGGAAAAGCCUAUGUGAUCACAGGAACAUGGGACCCCAACAUGGCAGUCUUCCAGCCCCUAAAUGAAGACACCCCGAAAGAUAGGCAAGUGUUCAUGACAGUGGCAGUGGACCUGGUUGUAACUGAGGUGGUGGAGCCUGUUCGCUUCCUGCUGGAAACUCUAGUCAGGGUUUAUCCAUCAAAUGAACGGUUCUGGUACUUCAGCCGCAAGACCUUCAGCGAGACCUUUUACCUCAAACUCAGACACCAUGCACCAGAGAGCGCAGGCCAGAGUGAUGCUGUGUAUGAGGUGGUGAGUCUUCAGAGGGAGGCAGAGAGAAACCAAGAAAGACAACUGGCCUCACCCACCGAAGAGGAGGAGGCGGAUGAUGAUAGUGACAGCGAAAUCUCCAGCGGGACGGGAGAUGUUUCCAAAGAUUGUCCUGAAAAAAUCCUUGAGUCGUGGGGAGGAAUCCUCACCAGAUGGCAUGGGAACCUGUCCAGUCGUCCAAAGGGUUUGCACCCAUUGGUCCGCAGCGGCAUUCCUGAGCCACUGAGGGCUGAAGUAUGGCAGCUGCUGGCCGGUUGCCAUGACAACCACGACCUGCUUGAGCACUAUCGCAUCCUCAUCACUAAGGAUUCAGCUCAGGAGGGAGUAAUCACCCGAGAUAUCCACCGAACUUUUCCUGCACAUGACUACUUCAAGGACUCAGAAGGAGAUGGUCAGGAUUCACUCUACAAGAUUUGCAAGGCCUAUUCUGUCUAUGACGAGGAAAUUGGUUAUUGCCAAGGUCAGUCAUUCCUUGCUGCGGUUCUGCUGCUGCAUAUGCCUGAAGAACAGGCCUUUUGCGUGUUGGUGAAAAUCAUGUUUCAGUAUGGCCUUAGAGCUCUGUACAAGAACAACUUUGAGGAUCUUCAUUGCAAGUUCUUUCAGCUUGAGAAGCUCAUGCAGGAACAGCUACCCGAUCUAUGGUCCCAUUUCCAGGACCUGAACCUGGAGGCACACAUGUAUGCCUCCCAGUGGUUCCUCACUCUCUUCACGGCCAAGUUCCCCCUGUGCAUGGUUUUUCACAUCACCGACUUGCUGCUCUCUGAGGGUUUGAACAUCAUCUUCAACGUAGCCCUGGCCCUACUCAAGACAUCCAAAGAGGAUCUCUUGCAAGCGGACUUUGAAGGGGCUCUCAAAUUCUUCAGAGUUCAGCUCCCCAAGCGCUACAGAGCUGCGGAGAACGCCCGAAGGCUGAUGGAACAGGCCUGCAACAUAAAGGUCCCAACCAAGAAGCUGAAGAAGUUUGAGAAGGAGUAUCAGACGCUGAGAGAGAGUCAGCUCCAGCAAGAAGACCCCAUUGACCGAUACCAGAGGGAGAACCGCCGUCUUCAAGAGGCCAGUAUGAGACUGGAGCAAGAGAAUGACGACUUGGCCCAUGAACUGGUCACCAGUAAGAUCGCUCUUCGGAAAGAUCUUGACCAGGCAGAAGACAAGUCUGACGUGCUGAACAAAGAGCUGCUCAGCACCAAGCAACGUCUGGUGGAGACGGAAGAGGAGAAGAGACGGCAGGAGGAGGAGACCGCUCAGCUGAAGGAAGUUUUCAGGAGGGAACUGGAAAAAGCCGAAUUGGAGAUCAAGAAAACCACAGCGAUCAUAUCCGAGUACAAACAGAUCUGUUCUCAGCUCAGCACCAGGCUGGAAAAGCAGCAGGCGGCAACAAAGGAGGAGCUGGACAUUGUCAAGAGUAAAGUAACAGGCUGCGAGCACUGCAGGGACCUGUUCAGCACAAUGGGGUCCCUCCAGGUGUCGUCGCCAGGCCAUGACAAAGCCUCCUCAGAGCCGCUGGACGAGGAGAAGGACGGACUGAAGGAGCAGCUCAGGCAGAUGGAAUUGGAGCUGGCACAGACCAAACUACAGCUGGUGGAGGCCAAGUGUCGCAUCCAGGAGCUGGAGCACCAACGAGGAGUCCUGAUGAACGAGAUCCAGGCAGCCAAGAACUCUUGGUUCAGCAAGACAUUGAGCUCUUUGAAGAGCUCCGCCUCCUCUUCGGCCAACGCUUCAUCGCAGAGCCCGUGCUCUCCAAAGGAGGGCCCUGCUUAGAACUCCUAACUUUGUUGAGGGAAACGAGUCAGAGGAACAAGCAGGUGGAGAAAUGCAGUGUUCCUUUUCUGGCUAUCUGGACUGCAUAUGGCUAGAAAAAAUGAAGGAUGAAACCCAUUCACAGGGGAUCAAAAACAUGAGCUGUAUUAGUGAGGCUUGAUAGGAAUCCUGUUUAGGUUCAGCGGUCUAAUGCGUUUGUUCCUUUGCGUCCCCCCAAACCUCACCAGAGCCCAUCUUGUGGCCAAAUAUUGCUACUGCAGGAUUAAAACCAUUUAAAUGUAAAAAAUGUAGGUAGCUCACGUUUUAUUCUCACGUUAUGAACACCGCAUAGCUACUCUGAAAAGGAAUACUGCAUUGAAUUGUAACCCAGAACAACACAACAUUUGUGUUUCUUUAUAGACAUAUAACUUAAUGUCCUAACAAAUGUUUAAAACUAAUUAUUGUUUUUUUAAUAAGCUUGUACAGUUCUUAAAGAGGUUAAAACAGGAAAAAAGAAAAAAAAAAGCUCUAGUUGAUAUUAGCACAGUGUGGAAUUAUUCUGGUUGAGUCUGAAUGCUGACGGGCCAGAACAACAUGCACAGCCCCUGCACUCUCCAUAUCAUACUACGUUUCUUUUGUUAGCCAUAUUUCCAGUUGAUGCCUGCAAGUAUUUCCUGAUUUUAAGGGAAGCAGAUCCCUUACAUUAUGAAGGCAUUUUUUUAGAACCAAGAGGUCGUGUUUUCCCCUUUUUAGUCCGUUUGUGGAAUCAGCAUAUCUCAGUGAUGCACAUUUUUGCUGAAUUUGCUACAUAUUCAUCUUAAUUGCAGCAGUUUAUUUAGGAAUGUUAUAGUCUCAUCCAUUAAUAUGCCAUCUUCAUUGCCAAAAUUGGGAAGGGCACCACCAACACCUUAUUUGCCGUUUAUUGCAAUACAAACUAACCUUUUUGUUUAAUCGUGGCGGUUGGAGCGCAAAUGAUGACUUGAAAAUAUCUUAGCUGAGUGUGGCAAAGUUUUAUAAAAAGAAAGAUUUCAAGAUGACUUUAUUUGUUCCAGUACUUUUCUGGUAUUUGCAUUUAUUUUAUGUGAGCAGGACAAUUUCUGCAGUUUCGGUGCCAAUACGUUACUUUAAUCCAGCCUUUGGACUCUAACCAAGCCAACUGUGUGUGUGUGUUAAACCGUCUCAAUGGGUUGCCUUUUUGUUGAUGACCGACUGGUGGUCCUUGUGCAGCUUCAUUGGACCAAAUGCACCAGAUUAAAAACGACACCGAUAGGCUGACUUUUGUCAUUUCCACACAUUCCUUCUGCAAUGUGACCGUCCAACAACAAACUGUGGCCAAAACACUCUUCACACGCACUAGCUGUAACACAAUUGCAGCGAUCGGUUUUACAGUUUUAAGAAGCACAGAGUGAGGUUAUUUUCAAUGGACUGUUGAUUCUUGUUGCAGACAGGACAGCUGCCCGUUUAUAAUCCACCUGUUCACUUUGACCGACUCUCGUUCGCUUUACCCGCGAGACAACGAGCGACUUUGAUGUUAAAUCACUGUCUGACCUGCGUUAAUAAAUGUCAGUGCUUCUGUUCAAUGGUUCACUUUGGAGUUUUUAUUUAAUAACAUGCACUCUGUGUUAGGGAUGCAACGAUUAACCGGUUUUGCUAUUAAAUAUUACAUUUAUUUAAUCGCAAAGGCUUCACUACACUGUGUGUUUUAGUCCUCUUUACUCGCUAUAAAAGGACAUAAAAUAGAACAGUGAUUCUCAAACUGUGGUAUGCGUACCACUCGUCAGAGCUCUGCCGCUCAUGGUACGCACGCUUCAUCUAGUGCAGGGUGUCCAAACCUUUUGACUAGGGGUCUGCAUUGAGCUUAAAAAAAUGUGGCCAGGGGCCGAAAGCGAACU